AUGCCCCCCGUGAAUCUUCGCCCCCAAAAACUCCUCCAAAAUCUUCUCAUCAGCAUCCUCUACCUCCUCACCAUAAUUCUCACUUUCUUCAGCGUCCUGAUCAUCGUCGCCAUCUGGACAUUCUUCAUGUUAGAUUACAGUUUUGAAAAUCUUUCUGUGACGGUACUUGAGGGUAUUGCGGAGGUUGUGUUGAGUUCGGCUGAUAGGUUGUGCGAGUUUGUGGGGUUGGAGAUGACGGAGGAGGGGUUUUAUUAUUUUGGAGGGGAGAAAAAGGAGGAGGAGGAAUAG